UUAUGUUUUAUGUUUUGUUAUUUUGCCAGACUUCAAAUUUUCUGAAUUUUUUUAAUUACGCAAUUCAAAACACAAAAAUGGGCAAUGUUAAUGAAAAAGUCGAAGCUGCUUCCACCGGCACUGUAGAAGAAAAUGCCGAAGCUAAAAAAUUAAAGCCGUGUUGUGCGUGUCCAGAGACAAAAAAGGCAAGAGACGCAUGUAUUAUCGAAAAUGGCCAAGAAAACUGCCAAAACCUUAUUGAAGCUCAUAAGGAGUGCAUGCGAAAACUAGGAUUCAAAAUUUAAGUUAUAUAUACCCAUGCUAGUGAUAAACCAUUUACUUUGUACAUAUAGUUGAUUAAUAAACAAAAUUUAAAUUUAAA